AUGGGUUCGCCUGGUGGUACUAGCUUCGGCCAUGCACUUGAAGGAAACGAUGCCGAGGUAUCAGCUGCACUUGAGAGCGUUCGUGACGUUGUGUGCCUUGCUUCCCAGAUAAAGAAAAGAGGGCAAAGGUUGCUUGGCCGAUAUAUAGAAGGAGCUACCUCAGGUCCUGUAGAUGAUGAUCGAGGAACCUUGGGCUGUAUCUGCCCUCACAUUCCGGAACAUGUUGCAACGAUAGCCGACAAAGCAGUAGCUCGGGAUAGGGACACUCCAGAAGGAGUUCGAGACGUUGGUGAGGGAGGCAAAGGAACAACACAGUUCAUCCGGGCUGAGUUUAUAGCAAUGUCUCCUACUUGCCCUGGCGCUCCGACCUGUGGCGGUACGGCCGUUUCAAAUCAACUCCCAGCAGUACUUUUGGCUCAGUCUGCCGAGAUCCAGAGAAACAAGGGCAAUCUCAUCAGCCCAGUAUUAGUUGAUAUCGAUGAGAGCCGUAGCGCUAUUGAGGACUUUACAUGA